CUCUCUCUUUCUUUCUCUGGCACAUAUCAAGUGUGAGGAUUUGCUCCUCUCUCACUCUCUCUCUCUCAUUGUCUCCCCACCUUCCUCUUUGGUGCCCAUUUUCAGAGUCUUAUCUCUACAAUCCACCAAUCUCCACCCCAAAUCUAACCCCAUAUGCACCCUCUCCCACUUUUCCAUUCGGAUUCUUUCAUUUUCCCGGAAAAUGCAGGCCUCUUGAGCUUCAAUCUUCUAGGGCUUUGAGCUUCUUCCAUUGAUAAUAUGUAGCAGGAUUUUGAGGGUUUUGUCACAUGGGAUUUCUCAGAUUGGGAGGGUUCUCAGGUGUUUGAGUUGGAAUCUGAGGUUUGUUGUCUGGAUCAGGUAGCAUUAUUACUCUGCAUCGUAAACCCACAUCCCAGAAGAGCAGAAUCAGAAUCUAGGACCUGGGUUUUUGUGGGUUUAGGGUUUUGGGAUUAGGUUUAUGAUUUGUUUGAUGAAGGACUGAGAAUGCUGGAAAGAUUCCUAUUCGCGGGUCUUUAUUCUUUUUGAAGGAUUCCAAAGGUGUGUACAACGGUUACCAGCUUCAAAGCUGCUUUAAACUGUGAGAUAAGUAUCUUUUUCAAUGCGCAGUGAAGCUUCACACUGACUCUACUGCUUAAUUUUCCGGGUCUUUUUUUACCUAUUGUUUGUGUGUUGGAUCUGAAUUUUGCUGCAUAAUUCCGUGGUUUGAUUGAGUGACAUUGUGCUGAAUCUCAGUUUUAAGAAAAGCAUCGAUGGGGCUGGGGAUUUCUCCAAGUCUCUUGAUGCUUGUGGCUUUCUUCUGGUUGCCAUGGUUGUCAGAUGUCGGAGCUCAGUCUACUGGCUCUGCACGGGCCUUGGAUGCCCUCCUCCAAGACUACGCAUACCAGGCUUUUAAGGCUCUUAACAAGCCUAAAACCGGGAUCCCAUACGAUGGUGCUGUUCCCCUGAAUUUAACCGGAAUUGGCAUUUCUGCAUUGAGGUUGAGGAGUGGUAGUUUGAGAAGUAGAGGUGUUACGAUGUACAAAGAGUUUGAGAUUCCCAAAGGAGUUGUUGUUACCCCCUAUGUGGAGAGGCUAAUUUUUGUGUACCAAAACUUAGGCAACUUGUCUUCGGUGUAUUAUCCGUUACCUGGCUAUGCCUAUUUGGCUCCUGUAUUAGGUCUUCUUCCGUAUGAUGCUUCGAAUUUAUCAGCCACGAAUUUGUCAGAAUUGCAUAUCAAUGCAUCUGACAAACCGAUAUCAAUCAAGUUCCAGGGUGUGUCAUCAGUGCCUGCUGGUUCAGUUGCAAAGUGUGUUUGGUUUGAUUUGGAUGGUUUCCCUAAUUUUAGCAAUGCAGUGUCGGGAAACAUAUGUUCGACGGCACAGCAGGGUCAUUUUGGUAUUGUGGUUGAGUCCAAUGCACCAGCACCUUCCCCGUCACCAAGUGUUGUUCCUAGACCGAGUGGUGGAGAAAAGGGGGGAACUUCAAAGGUCUGGAUAAUUGUUGGUUCUGUGGUUGGUGGAUUGGCAUUGUUGGUUUUGUUGGCGUUCUUGGUAUUGUGGCUGCGGAAGUACAAGCGUAGGAAGAAAAUGCAGCAGAUGGAGAAGGCGGCAGAGGUGGGGGAAGCCUUGCGGAUGACCUCUGUUGGGAACACCAAAGCGCCAGCUGCAAUGGUGACCCGAACGCAACCCAUCAUUGAGAAUGAAUACAUGCCAUGACCUCCUCCUCCCUCCACCCAUUUGUACAAGUCCCACCACCAUUCAUUUUCAGGUUCAAUUCAUGCAAUUCAGAUAAUUUUUCCUAUCUCACACCUUUUUUUGUCGUGCUCUCUGCUGCCUGCCCUUGUUCUGUUUGUUCUUGUUAGGGUUUUAGCUAGUGGUUCUAGUGUGGGUAAUAUAGGAUUAUUGUGUAAAUAAUAAUCUGUUGUCACUCACAAAUCCCGUCCAUAGUUUCAUGAUUCAUUCUGGUUUGCAUGUAGUCUUGAAGUGAUUCCAUAUGUGAUUGAGUUCUUUAGCUGUCCCAUUGACAAUGAAUAAAAAGUUCUACUCAAGUUCUCCAUUC